UUGGAGGACUCAAAAGCCGCUGAGUUUUUCGAUUUGCAGCAUGUGGAACUGGAAGCUCAAGAGCGGGGCCACUGUCUCCAGCGCUACGACGAGAAUUCGAACCAAAUUUAGGAACGAGUUGCGCUUCGUCAAACAAUCUGCCUGGCCUAUGCUGAGUGGGAGUCUCAACGCUGAGCUCCACGGGAGCUCAAGGGAGAGACUCAGCAUGGGUUGAGAUUGCUACGCAAAUCGGGACGAUGACAGUCUAGCUCGAACAAAGAGACCACCGUGGCCGGCGCUUUUACGUUCCCUGGCGUGCUUUCGUGCGCCUACUCAGAACGGAAGACGCGCGCAAGGGUGAGCCGAAGAAGUCGACGCAAAUGGUAAUCAGCGAACGCAAGCUGCCUAAGCUAAAGUUCAUCCGGGAGAACAGAUUGCUUGAACCGAUCCCGCUCGAGCUCGCUGACUUGGAAAAUUAAGAGGAGACUUGAAACCUCGAUAAGUAGAAGCAAAGUCGUUGCCCUGUGGUAUGGGUAUGAGUUGAGUGGCUACUUACUUACUUAUUUGGCGUUCUGAAGAAUGAAGUGAUGAAUAAAAGCUCGCAACUUUUUGCUCCUUUUUCUCCGUUUCACAGCUUCCUUGGCGCCCUGAGCGUGGGUCUCUAUGUAUAUUCGCGUAUAUGUUGUCGCUCCAAGGACGGCGCUGCGCAGUGUCUUGUUAAGUUUCUCUAAGAUUUGCUCGAGAAGUCUGAAGAUGCGUUUAGCUCUGGGGCGAGUGGUAGGAGUACGCAGGGCCUCCCUUAAGCACGGUUGCAGAGGAGUAAUUAUUGAUGAAGUAGAUCUCUUAGUGCACCCGUUGUAAGAACUCGCAUACGCAUAGAAUCACGCAGGUAAAUGAAGUAAACUAAUAUAAAAUUUGUUAUUGGUGAUCGCUAUCAUACGUACAAGGAACCGGGGUCGCCCCGUGGGCGGCCCCUCGUCCUUGAUAACAGCACAGCCACAGGCACAGAGCAGAACCUUCAGAGAAAACAAAGAAGGCGACUGAGGCACGGAGCGCCCGCCCCUUGGCGGCUGCCGUCGAGAUGAUGGAGAGGAACAAAGACCGAAGCAACCCACGCAACCCAGAACCCUCGCGCGCGGAAUCAGUUCGGCACGCCACGCCAAUGAGACAGGCCGGGCGGACAUGCACGCGCGGGGGCGGGGGUGUUGCCAACGCUGUAGGCGCGCGACGUCGAUGAGCCCGCCCAGGCCCGCGCGUCCUGGCUGGUCCUGCUCAGCUUGCCCAGACAGUUGGGCUUGCCAGCUUUCGCUGCUCUGAGGCUGCCCGCGUUCUCGCCUGAGGCUAGCUGCCCCCGGCCCCGGGUUCGUUCUUUGGCUCAACGAGCGGGGACUGCCCAUCGAUUCCACCUCGGCCCCUAAAAUGCGCCACGACCUCCCCAAACACAGCGCGACCUCUCCAAACACAGCGCGACCUCCCAAACGCAGCGCGACCGACCCCCUACGCACAGCAUGGCCUGGAGAUACAACGCGGCCACGCAAACGCAGCGCGUGCCCAAGCAACACACGAAGCACCAAAUACGCCACGGCGUCCCGUACUUACAAACACACCACGACCACCGAGGAGACACGCCAUGGCCUUCCAGGCAGCCCACUACGGUCCCUGGAACACAACACGAGCACGAGCAUGGAGGCACAGCACCCAUGACCCCGCGCACAAGUUACAGACUGCCAGCCCCCGAAACAGAAAGGAAGUAACCCCGCAGACAGCACGCAGCCCCGAAGCUAUGACAUGCCCCGCCCCCUUGAAAAAAGCGCAUGGUCGUAAGAGGCGCCGCGAUCUCUCUGGGGCACCCCCUGACCCCAAGGGCACUGCAUGGCAGACCAUAAAACUGAGCACGGCCCCAAAGACAUGGCAUGACUGAGACUGACCCCCGGGCACCGCAUAGACCCCCUGAGGGACACAAAACGACCACCAAGACACGCCAGCACGACCCCCCAAAGACGAAGCAUGAACAUCCAUAACCAACGUGGACCCCAAAAGCCAAAGCUAAGUAAGAUCCCGAAGGGCACAGCACUGCCACCCCGAUUGCGCGACGGUGACGACUAAGACACACCAAGACCCCCAAGAAGCACCACGAGCCCCCGAACACAUGGGGACUACCCUAACAAACUCACUAAGACUUUGCGGCCCAAGUCAUAACUAUGCCCCGCAUGGCCAAGCCGAUUGGCCACCAAAACGCAGCACCAGCACGACCCCAAAAGCACAGGACAGCGCCAAGCCCACCAAGGCUAACCAUGACCCCCCAACCCAUUGCGACCACGCGGACGCAGCACGCGACGGAAGACACUGAAAAAAGCCAGGCCACAAAGGAAGAAGGAAAAGCCUGGCCCCCAUUCUAAAGCCACAAACACAACACGACCCCCAAAAAGCAGCGCGCAGCCCCCGGAGCACCGCGACGGACCCCGCCCCCAUACGGAGGACCACGGCCCCCGAAGCACACCACGCGCACCCCGACGCUGUGCGGCCUUCAUUCUAAACGCACUGCAAAACGCAACCCGGCCCGCCGCCUCAGCCGCAGCAUAGACAUGAUUGCCAAAGCAUUGCGCGCGCUCCUGGGAGCGAAUUGCUUUGCCCCCCCUGCGCACGCAGUACCCACCACCCCCCGAGCACCACCCAAGCAAGGCCCCAAGCAAUAAGUGACCCACGAGACACAGACGCAGACGCAGACCACGACCUCCCCCCAGCGCAUCACCAUCCCCCGAAAAAUGUCACGGCGUGACUCGCUGAAGCAUCUGCAGCUGCGCGACCUUGGGGGAAUGUGGCGAAUGCAAUAACGCCCCCAACGCCGCGCAGCCUGCCUCGAGACACGGCAUGACCCGCAGGCAAGCACUCCCUCUGCCGGCAGCAUGGGCGCCAAGGUUCUCGAUGACCCCCAAGGCGCACCGCGAUCCUUGAAAAACACCGCGGCCGAAUAUUCACGAUCACACGCCGCGAGCGCGAGCCCCCAAAGUAGCCAAAAAAAAAGCGCAGCCCUGCGGUAAAACAUGACGACCCCCCCGAACACGCCACGACGACCCCCCAAAGCGCGCCGAGCUUCCUCGUCUGACACACCACGACCCACCAAACACGCCGCGGCCACUCGGAUACAGCGGGGCAUCUUAGAUAGUAGAACUAGAAACACGGCUCCCCAAAGGACGAGGGCGCGACGCCCCUAACCCCCCUAGGGCCCCCCUCCCCCCCCCGACAAUCCCUCCAAAAACCUUGUCGUGACUCUUUUGAAAAUUAUUACUUUUUUGAAUAUAAGACCCCCAUCAACAUGGCGACCGCGACGCCUCGUCCGCUCUCAAAACUGCGGAGGAAGGGGUCUUCGUGGACGAGGAGACCUCAGAGUCGUCGCACCUUCACGGUGGCAAGGGCCGUACGCUGGCACAAUUGGAGAAAAUUGCCGGGACGUUAGAUUCUGAGCACAGCCCCGUCGAGUGGUUGUCCCCACCUGAUCGAGCAACACCGCUAGGGAAGGAGGCGGCAAAGAAGGUCUCCGCAUGUUAUAGAAAAGCCGUGGCGGAUAACAAGGUGACGGGAGUGGUAGCGACGAAAAACGACCCCGGCUGGGAGGAGAUAGAAGACUUCUGCUUAUCUCAGCAGCAAGAAAACUGGGAUAAGCUCAAUUUACGGAGGAGGCGGAGACUUUUCGCAUUAAUACACUUUAAAAAAAUAUGAAAAUAGAAAUUACUCUUGACCCUGUCCCUGAGUCGCGAUGUUGAUGUUAUCAGUCCAGUUGUAUUGGAGUUCUUGCAUCUAAAUAUACCAUGGCGAUGUUGUUAACUACUUCAUCGCGCCUUUAUCUAUCGUCAACUUUAUUUAUGAUCAUCGCUAUAAUACUACAUGGCGACGAUCAUAGUUAGAUGUUAAUUAGAAGACUCAGACCGAGAGCAUAUGAAGAAGUGAGUCAGUGCGUACCGUGUGAUUUUUCUCGCUGCUUGAGGACGUCGGUCCCAAAUUUAAGUCACACUUAACAGUUGAAAUGGAUGCAGUUGCAACUGCUCUUGGUGAAGAUGUAACAGCUACGGUAAGUAAUACAAUAUCUGUGAGUUUAUCUCGGUUAUAAUAUAACGGGUCUCGAGUUGCUCGAGUUGCCGAAGCGAAGCGCUUCACUUCUGGAACGAGUUGCCACGAGUUGCCGGAAGGUGUCCGCUCCGUCGAAAUGGAGCGAAGCAGGGCGGUGCGAGCGCAAACCUAUCUGCUCGAAGUGGCGAAGUGCAGGAGGGUGCUGCGCUUGUUGUUGCUCAUGAAAGGGGCGGGCAAUCGGGUGCGGAGGGCUCUUGGGCCCUUAUGACUUUUCUGGUAGCUUGCGCGCGGGCGUUUAUUAAAGCACAACCAAGGGCGCGAAAGACUCUGCUCUUUGUUGUUUUUGUUUGAUGUCAGUGUCGCAGUGGCGUGUGGUGUCGUCUAGUCGGUGACGAUGGGUCUCUCCCUUUUUUCUUCGGAUGUGUGCCCAAUGAUAAUGAAUCUACUUCGGGGUUGGGAGCGAGUAGCUCCCGUCUGCUUUAUAGGGCGGCGGGUCCAGCCUUGCUUGGGGGUGAGUAGACUAGAGAAAGCAGCAGUUGGAAGCGGAAGCUCGGAGUGGAUUAUCGCACUAGAUUCGUAGCCUUUACUUAGAUGUCGUGAGUAACUAGAUGACCAAGUAAGUGGCUGAGAUGAGUCUCGAGCCCGAGGCGGUCGCUCGCUCUUGUCUCAAGGGUGCACUGCGAAGAAAGUCAAGGAUCAGAGACACGGCUUGCAGUGUCGUGCGCUCCUGCUAACUAAGGCUUCGCGGAGUCUCAUAAAGCUGCGCCGGAAGGGCGCCGCGCAAAAAAUUAGGGGGGCAACUCGAGCAACCCGAGCAACUCGACCCGAUACGGGUCAAAAAGUGCCUUAUUCUAUUAUAUUUAUACUAGCUUGGAGCGCCUGAUAACAUUCCCCCCACUAGGAUCCCCCUCCUCCCCAAAGUACGAAACUAAGCAAGGCAAAGACGUAAGCGAUAUACGUUUUCAAAUUUCGAAAAUUUUCCACGUUUUGCCGUCGUUUGAGGAUUGGGUCUCCCUCGUGCGUUUGAAGUCAAGUGCUAAGAUCUCAAAACUCUUAGACUUUAAGCCCUUCCGCUGAAAUUCAACUUCUUGGAUUUGCAUUCUUCAAAUUUCGAAGAUCCUCCACGUUUUGUUGUCGUUUUGGGAUUGAAUUUUGUGCGUUUGAAGAGCUAAAGUCCCAAAAUUUUUGACUUUCAGCCCUUUCCCUGAGGUUCAGCCUCUUAGAUUUGCACUUUUCAAAUUUCGAAGAUUUUCCACAUUUUGUCGGCGUUUUGGGAUUGAAUUUUGUGCGUUUGAAGUGCUAAAGUCCCAGGGUUUUUGAUUUUAAGCCCUUCCCCUGAGAUUCAAUCUCUUGGCUUCGUGUUUUUCCAAUUUCGAUAAUUUUCCACGUUUUUCGUCGUUUUGGGAGUGAAUCCCGUGAGUUUGAAGUGCUAAGACCCCAAAGCUUUUGACUUUAAGCCCUUUCGCUGAAAUUUAAUGCCUUGGCUUCGCGUUUUUCAAAUUUCGAAAAUUUUCCACAUUUUGUCGCCGUUUUGGGCUUGAGGCUCGUGAGUUUGAAGCGUUGAGAUCCCAAAGUUUUUGACUUUAAGCCCUUCCCCUGAGAUUCAAUCUCUUGGCUCCGCGUUUUUCAAAUUUCGAAAGUUUUCCACCUUUUUCGUCAUUUUGAGAGUGAAUCUGUUGACUUUGAAAGGCUAAGACCCCAAAGCUUUUGACUUUAAGCCCUUUCUCUGCGAUUUAAUUCCUUGGGUUCGCGUUUUCAAAUUUCGAAAAUUUUCCACGUUUUGUCGCCGUUUUGAGACUGAGUCUCGCGGGUUUGAAGCGUUAAGAUCCUAAGACUUUUGAUCUUAAGCCCUUUCCCCCGAAAUUCAAUCCCCUUGCUUCGCGGUUUCGUGGUUUCUUGGUUUCCUGGUUUCCUGGUUUCCUGGUUUCCUGGUUUCCUGGUUUCCUGGUUUCCUGGUUUCUUGGUUUCCUGGUUUCCUGGUUUCCUGGUUUCCUGGUUUCCUGGUUUCCUGGUUUCCUGGUUUCCUGGUUUCCUGGUUUCUUGGUUUCUUGGUUUCUUGGUUUCUUGGUUUCUUGGUUUCAUGGGUUCAUGGGUUUGGGGUUUGUUUGUUUUUGUGUCGGAGGUUUUGGGGUCGGGUGUUGGUGGUUUUGGGUUUGGGUGUUGGAGGUUGAGGUUUCCGAGGGGAAGUGUUUGCAAAGUUUUCUUGCUCUUAAUAUUAAUGGCUGACGAGUACCAUGAUGCACUCAGCAAGAAAUUGCGCUUCGUCUUCUAAUAGGCGCCGAGCUUGCUGCUGCGCCAGGAUCAAAGCCGACGCCAGAAGCAGGGCCGUUCUUGGGAUUUUCCUUUUCCCUCCCGCCGGCCGAGGACCCUUUAAAAGUUGGCAGUGGAAAGCUGACAGUGGCGAUCGAUACGGAAUUUAUUCCGGUUGCCGAAAAACACAUUCAGAGGUACGACACGCCUAACCUCGACGACACCAAAAAACGCGCUGCGACGGCCUGCAGGGAUGCUGUUAAGACGUGGAGAGAAGCCCAACUAAAGGCACAAGCGAGCGCAUUGGACGAGACAGAAAAGAGCAAAGCGAUGCAGGCUGCUAAUUCGCAAAAAAGAGAGAGC